AUGUCUCAAGAACAACUUCCAGACGACCACUUCCGCCCCACUUACGAGGAUAUCCAUGUCCAGAUCGGCGAAGCGGCGCGCAGGAUCAAGGCCGAGUUUGAUCCGGAUCUCAUGGUUGCCAUCGGCGGUGGUGGAUUCUAUCCGGCUCGUGUGCUGCGAACUUUCCUCAAGAAGCCUUCUGCGCUCGACCCCACGAAGCUCCGCAACAUUCCCAUCCAAGCUAUUGGCUUGAGUCUGUACGAAGAAGUCUCAGGAACUUCGGAAGGUCAGAUUGGCAACGAGGUAGUGCGCACCCAGUGGCUUGAUGCCAAGACGGUCAGCGGCCGUAAAGGUCCAGGCAAGAUUGAGGAGGGCAAGGAUGCCGGAGGACUGCUCGGAAAGAAUGUGCUUAUUGUCGAUGAGGUGGAUGAUUCGCGAACCACUCUUCAAUAUGCCUAUUCGGAACUCCUCAAGGAUGUCAAAAACGCCAUUGCCAAUCUCUCGGCUGAGGAGCGUCAGAAUCUCGCACCGACUCGAUUUGCCAUCUUUGUAGUGCACAACAAAGAAAAGGCCGGCGGCAAGCGUGGAACCCUGCCGAUCUUGCCCAAACAGCUCUCCAAGAACCAAGAUAAGAUAAUUGAUGGCCUCAGUGAAGGCGUACGAUACUAUUCUACGCAGGAUAUUGGCGACGUUUGGAUUUGCUACCCUUGGGAGGAAGAAGAUAUCAUUGAGCACAAUCGCCUGGCCGCUUUGGCCAAAAAGCUCGGCGUCAACCAGCCCAACUAA